AGUGAAAGAUUUGUCAACUACGUCGGACGGUCAAAGAUUUUGUUACAAAGUGAUUUUAAUAAAAAGUAUUGUGUUAUUAAUAGUUUUGAUUAAUUUUCUUUAUUUGUAAUUACCGGUUCUUUUAAAAAAAAUCAAAAUGUGAAUUAAAUAGAAAGGAAAUAGAGUUUUUGCAUUAAUUGAGACUGUGUGCUAAUUAAGUCGGGGAGGCGUAGUGCUGUGAAGAUUUGCUUUUGUCUCGUCAUUUGUCUUCACCAGACAAAAGCCGUGUAAAUUAUUAUAUUUUGUGUUUAUAAUUAUUGUUUAAAGUGAAAAUAAAUUUGAUUUAAAAAGAAAAGCAUACAAAUCUUCGUGCAAUUGUGCGAUUUAAUGCGCUUAGGUAAUGUGGAUGUCGUCAUACAGAAGGAUAAACUUGGCUCACCAACGGGUGGAUCUGAUGACGGUAAUUUAGCUGCUUUAGGUGGUAUAAGUGGUUUAGGUGCCAUGAUGGCUGUCGGUGGUAUUGAUUUGGGCGAUUUGGCGCAGGAAUUAGAUCAGGAUGAAUUUGAUGGACCGAAUAUGUUAAAUGGCGAUCGACCUGCCAUAAUAGCGCCACCUGAGAGCGAAUGGUAUCACGGAAGAUUAGAUCGUUAUUCAGCAGAGUCUCGUCUGCAAGGCAAUGGAAAACUGGGCAGUUAUUUGGUACGCGAAAGCGAUCGUAAACCUGGUUCAUAUGUGCUCAGUUAUUUGGGCCGUACAGGCAUUAAUCACUUUCGCAUCACUGCAGUUUGUGGUGACUUUUACAUUGGUGGCAGACAAUUCAUUUCAUUGAGUGAUCUGGUCGGCUAUUACACCUCAUGUAGUGAUUUGUUAAAACGUGAGCGACUUGUCACGCCAGUUGCACCGCCAGAGCCAGUCAAUGACAAGAAACGCGUUGUCGCCAUACUACCAUACACUAAGAUGCCAGAUACAGAUGAACUGAGCUUCCAGAAAGGCGACAUAUUUUUCGUGCACAAUGACAUGGGCGAUGGUUGGCUUUGGGUAACGGCACAUCGUACCGGUGAACAGGGGAUGAUUUUCCGUGAAUUGGUAGAUGACUUAGAUGUUUCAAUUGAUCCUAACACAGUAUUUCCAUGGUUUCAUCCAAAUUGUACCAAAAAUGAAGCUGUUGAUAUGUUGGUAAAGGCUGGUCCUGGCAGUUUUCUGGUGCGUCCUAGUGACAAUUCACCUGGUGAUUAUUCACUUUUCUUUCACAUAAAUAAUCAGAUUCAACGUUUUCGCAUUGAGAAGAAAGGAGUGCGUUACUUAAUGGGUGGACGCACUUUUGAAUGUUUGGAUGCAGUUAUAAAUCGGUAUCGCAAAGAGCAGAUCGUAGAAGGACAUUCUUUAAGUCAUCCGGUUGUUAAUGGCUCUCAACCAGAAUUCAAUCAACAAUUUGUUGUUGAAAAAGCAGCAGAGAAAAUUUAUGCAACUUUGCGUGAAUGUCGAGAUCAAAUUGGUUUAAAAAAAAUCAAAGGCAUCAAACACCAUGGACAUCUCAAUAAAAAAUCAGAUAAAACAGCAAAAUGGAAGCAACUUUAUUUUGCACUUAUCAGCGAGGGUUCUGAAACACAUUUAUGUUUCUAUGACAAUCCAAAAAAGACUAAACCGAAAGGUCUCAUUGACCUUUCUUGUGCUUAUGUAUAUCAGUGCCAUGAUUCACUUUGGGAACGACCAUAUUGUUUUCAAAUAGUAGAGCGUGCAUUGCCUUGCUUGGCCACUGCCACUUAUCUUUGUGCACCUAGUCAAGAGAGUUAUGUAGAAUGGAUAAAUGCACUGAAAGCACAAUGUGGUUCACAGUUAAGUCGUGCACAGAAGAAAGUGCCACGCUUGCGUGAAUUACGUUGUCUUAACUUACAUGUAUUAGAGGCACAUCGUUUGCCAUUUAAAUUAGUGCCACAUCCUUAUUGUAGUAUUUCGUUGAAUCAAGUAAAAGUUGGAAAGACACGAGUUAAGAUAGCACCUGAUCCAGUUUGGGAGGAAGAAUUUGUGCUAGAUGAUGUGCCACCAGAUGUAGUUUCAUUAACUAUUACACUAAUUUCACGUGGCAAACGUGGUAAGGACUCAGAAGUGGCUGAACUGACUAUCGAUCUCGCCUGUCUGAAGAAUGGUUUAGAAACCGAAGAAUGGUAUCAACUCACAGGCAUGACACCAAUGGGUGAAUGGGGUUCAUUACGUUUGCGUAUGCGUUAUCUUGAUGAUUUAAUUAUGCCCUGCGAAGAAUACAGUCCACUGCAACAAUUACUACUUGAACCUGAAUUAUAUUCAGUAAAAGCGCUUGCAGAACUUUGUCAUAAUGAUCGUGUGCCAUUAGCUACAGCAUUGUUACGUGUUUUUCGUCAUGAGAAACGCGAAACAGAACUGAUAAGAGUACUUUGCCAAGCUGAAAUUGCACGUGAAAAUGAGACAACAACACUGUUUCGUGGUGCUUCCCUAGCCACCACGCUAAUGGAUUUGUAUAUGCGUACUGAAUGUACAGGUUUUUUACAGUCUGCUGUAUCUGAAACUGUGCAACGCAUACUUGAGAGCAAGCAAUCUGCGGAAUUGAAUCCCACCAAAAUGGAUGUAAAUGAUGAUGCCUGUUCAAAUGCAGAGUUCCUUUUACAAAUACUUGAUCUUGUAACGCAUUCAAUAUUCACCUCACCAGAGGCUUGUCCGCGUAGUGUUCGUUACAUAUGUAACUGUUUGCAGAAGGCUGUUGUUUCAAAAUGGCCGACGGAGCGUUUAGUACGCACACGUGUGGUGUCUGGUUUCAUAUUUUUGCGUUUGUUGUGUCCUGCACUUUUGAAUCCAAGACAAUUUGGCUUGGUGAGUGAAACACCGCCCACUGCAGCUACCCGAUCUCUAAUUAUGGUUGCAAAAUGUUUACAAAAUUUAGCUAACCUUAUUGAAUUUGGUGCAAAGGAACAAUAUAUGGAAGUUGUAAACCCAUUCAUAUUAAAAAAUAAAGAACGUAUGAUUGUCUUCCUUGAUCAAUUAUCACUUGUCACAGAUCCAAAUCCACCACCUGGCAUGUUUGUUGAACAAAAUAAUAGUCAUCAUAAUCAGGAUACAGGUCGCGAACUGGCUACUUUACAUCACAUUUGCGUUUCUUAUCUGCCUGAAUUGCAAGAUUUAUCAAAUAUACUAUCGAUUAAAAAACUCGUCACUGUAACUGACAUGUUAACAAAACAUAAAUUAAAAUACCGUGAAAUGAUAAGUUAAAACCAUAGCAAUUCCAAAAUAGUUGCCAGGUUAAAAGAACAAUAACUUUAAAAAAUAACAGACUAUUAGCUUCCGCUGAAUAUUCAGGACAACACCAAUUAAUACCUGCGACAACGACAUCCUUAAAACACAUAAAAAAAAUCAUAAAUUUGAAUAAAGUAAACUUUUUACGCGCUUACAAAUAAAGAAAAAUAA